UGGCGCGUGUAGUGCGGUCGUCGGUGCCGUGAUAAUGAAAGCCGCAACUUGUGUGACUGUUCUGUUGACUGGCGUGCAAACGGCCAUGUUCUGACGCGAAAUCUGGGGCGAGGACAAGGACCGUCGAGAUCAGCAAAGAUGAAGAACGUGUGGAUACGGGGGUGAAGCAUACAGGACAACACCAGAUGAGCGUGCCGCGGGCGUGAUGCUGCCGGCCGCCCGCCUGCGCCUGCUGCCGCUGGCGGCGCUAGUGUCGCUGGCGUCGGCCUUCUGUCCACAGCACUGCCGCUGCGACGACGCCCGGCUGGAGGCCAACUGCUCGGGCGCCCAGCUCGACAGCUUCCCGAUCGCGCUGAAUCCGCGCCUGAAGAGGCUCCUGCUGGCCGGCGGCGGCAUCCGCCAGCUACACCGCAACAUGAUGGUCUCCUCAUACAAGCAGCUGGAGGUGCUGGACCUCAGCCGGAAUGGUCUGCGGGACUUGCAGCUGGGCAGCUUUGCGCACCAGCACCGGCUGCGCGAGCUGCGGCUGGCUGGCAACCGGCUGUCGCAGCUGGCGCCGCGCGUGCUGGCCGGGCUGCAACAGCUGCGCGAACUGGACCUCAGCGGUAACCAGCUGCAGAGCCUACCAAGCGGCCUGCUGCGCACCGUGCCUCUGCUCGAGGACCUCAACCUGGCUGAUAACCAGCUGCAUCUGCUACCGGCGGACAGCCUGCUGCCGCAGCUGGCGGUGCUCGAUCUCUCCUCCAACCGGCUGGCGCAGCUGGACGGCGGGGAUCUGGUGCUGCCUGAACUGACGCACCUCAGCCUUGCUGGGAACCGGCUGGCGCGGCUGGACAGCGCCGCGUUCGCAGACCUCGGCUCCCUGCGUCGCCUCGUGCUCUCCGACGCCGGGCUAGCGCGCCUGGAGGGCGUCACCUUCGCGCCGCUCGCGCAGCUUGAGGAGCUCUACCUGGACGGGAACCGCCUGCGGCGGCUGGGCGGCGAGCCGCUGCGCGUGCUUCCGCGGCUCCGACUGCUCUCCGUGAGCGGGUGUCCGCUGCUGAGCGCGCUCGAGCCGGACGCCUUCGCCGCCGGGCCGGCGCUCCAGGAGCUCCUGAUCGAGCGCAACCCGCGCCUGACGGCCGUGCCGGCCGGCGCCUUCCUGCGCCUACCACGUCUGCGUCGGCUCAGCCUGCGCGCCAACGCGCUCGCCUGGCUGCCAGCCGACGCCUGCGCCUGGCCGCGCUUGCAAGCGGGCCUGGGCGACAACCCGUGGUUGUGUGACUGCGCUUUGCGCUGGCUCGCCGAGGCGGCAAACAACGACAGCUGGGGUGGCGCCGCUUGUGCGCACCCGCCGGCGCUGCGUGGUCGACCCGUGUCCGGUCUCUCGGCGGAGGAGCUGGGCUGCGCGCCGCACCGCACACGGACCUGGGGCGAGACGUGA